AUGGCUCACAUUUACGAUAUCGGCACCCGGGCAUGGCAGCCCGACACCACUGAGGGCUGGGUUGCCUCGGAGGUGACAGACAAGCAGAUUGCGGGGGAUAAGGUGAAGCUGGUGUUUACGCUGGAGAAUGGAGAGACCAAGUCUGUGGAGACGACGGUAACAGCCAUUCAGACUGGCGAGGACCCGAAUCUCCCACCACUGAUGAACCCGGCCAUGCUCGAGGCCAGCGACGACCUUACGAAUCUCUCGCAUUUGAACGAGCCGGCUGUGCUCCAGGCCAUCAAACUCCGUUAUCUCCAGAAGGAAAUCUACACAUACUCGGGUAUUGUCCUGAUUGCGACAAAUCCCUUUGCGCGAGUCGACUCACUCUAUGUGCCCGGCAUGGUCCAGGUCUACGCUGGCAAGCAGAGAUCCUAUGGUGCCCCUCACCUGUUCGCCAUUGCUGAGGAAGCUUUUGCCGACAUGAUGCGAGACCAGAAGAACCAGACUAUUGUCGUCUCCGGAGAGUCAGGAGCCGGAAAGACCGUCAGUGCCAAAUACAUCAUGCGAUACUUCGCCACGCGCGAGUCCCCAGACAACCCGGGAAAGCGAAGAGGCAAGGUCGACUCGAUGAGCGAGACCGAAGAGCAGAUUCUAGCCACCAACCCCAUCAUGGAAGCUUUUGGUAAUGCCAAAACAACGCGAAACGACAACUCCUCCCGGUUUGGUAAAUACAUUGAGAUCUUGUUCAACAAGCAGACGGAUAUCAUUGGUGCGAAGAUCAGGACAUACUUGCUAGAACGGUCAAGACUGGUGUUCCAGCCGCUUAAGGAGCGCAACUACCAUGUCUUCUACCAGCUCGUCGCGGGUGCUACAGACGAGGAGCGCGAAGAGCUGUCUCUCAAAUCGGUUGAGGAGUUUAGCUACCUCAACCAGGGAAGCGCACCUAUAAUCGAGGGCAUGGAUGACGUGGCCGAGUUCAAGGCGACCAGACAGUCUUUGACAAAGAUCGGUGUAGCGCCCGAAACCCAGUCUGGCAUCUGGCGCCUGCUUGCCGCGCUGCUGCACAUGGGAGACGUCAAGAUCACGGCAACCAGGACAGAUUCAAAUCUCUCGCCCGAUGAGCCUGCGCUCGUCAAGGCAUGCCAGCUGCUCGGAAUAGACGCCACUACCUUCGCUAAGUGGAUCGUGAAGAAGCAACUCAUUACUAGAGGAGAGAAGAUCGUCUCAAAUCUUACUCAACAACAAGCUAUAGUAGUUCGAGAUUCCGUUGCCAAGUUCAUCUAUUCGAGUCUGUUUGACUGGCUAGUCGAGCGCACCAACGAAAGUCUAGCCACCGAAGAGGUCCUUGCCAACGCCCAUACAUUUAUCGGUGUCUUGGAUAUCUAUGGUUUUGAGCAUUUUGCCAAGAACUCUUUCGAGCAGUUCUGCAUCAACUACGCCAACGAGAAACUGCAACAAGAGUUCAACGCCCACGUUUUCAAGCUAGAACAAGAAGAGUAUAUGCGCGAACAGAUUGACUGGACUUUCAUCGACUUUGCUGAUAAUCAGCCCUGUAUCGACCUUAUUGAAGGUAAACUGGGUAUCUUGUCACUGCUAGACGAAGAGUCUAGGUUACCCAUGGGUUCCGACGAGCAGUUUGUUACCAAGCUACACCACAACUAUUCUGGAGACAAGCACAAGUUUUACAAGAAGCCUCGAUUCGGAAAGUCUUCCUUCACUGUCUGUCAUUAUGCCAUUGACGUCACAUAUGAGUCGGACGGAUUCAUCGAAAAGAACAGAGAUACUGUACCUGACGAGCACAUGGAAGUACUUAAGGCUUCAAGCAACAAGUUCUUGACCCAAGUCUUAGAAGUUGCAGCAUCGAUCCGCGAAAAGGAGACUGCAAACAACGCCUCCUCUAAGCCUGGUACUGCUAUGUCUGCUGGACGAAGGAUGGCUACCAACCGGAAACCUACACUUGGUGGUAUCUUUAAGUCUUCUUUAAUUGAGCUCAUGCAGACGAUAAACUCGACUGAUGUCCACUAUAUCCGGUGCAUCAAGCCUAACGAGGCCAAGGCCGCCUGGCAGUUCGAUGGGCCUAUGGUCCUGAGUCAAUUGCGGGCCUGUGGUGUUCUUGAAACCGUCAGAAUCAGUUGUGCUGGUUACCCCACCAGGUGGACUUACGAGGAAUUUGCCCUGCGCUACUACAUGUUGGUCAGGUCCAAUGAGUGGACCCCAGAAAUCCGGAACAUGGCUACGGCGAUUCUCAAGAAAGCACUGGGUACUGGCAAAAACGACGGUACCGACAAGUACCAAAUGGGUCUGACUAAGAUCUUCUUCCGAGCUGGUAUGCUUGCUUUCCUAGAGAACCUACGUACUGCCAGGCUCAACGAUGCGGCCGUCAUGAUCCAGAAGAACCUCCGAGCCAAGUACUACCGCCGCAUCUACCUCGAAAUGCGGGAAGCUGUGAUCUUUGUGCAGUCGUUGGCUAGGGGCUACAUGACCAGGGAGAAGACUGAGGAGGCGAGGCAAGUCAGAGCCGCGACUACCAUCCAGCGAGUUUGGCGCGGCAGCAAGGAUCGCAAACGCUUCCUCGUUAUCCGCAACUCGCUCAUCAAGUUUGAAGCCAUCGCAAAGGGUUUCCUUCUGCGUAAGAAUCUCUUGGACAAGAGACUUGGUGAUGCUGCUCGUAUGAUCCAGCGGAACUGGCGCAAACAACGCUAUAUCCGCGCGUACAAGAAGGAAAUCAACGACAUCAUCACUGUGCAGAAGCUCUGGAGGGGAAGGAAGGCCCGCCGAGAAUACAAAGUUCUCCGUGCUGAAUCCCGCGAUCUCAAGAAUAUUUCAUACAAGCUGGAAAACAAGGUCGUGGAGCUUACCCAGAAUCUCGGUACGAUGAGGGAGCAGAACAAGUCGCUCAAGUCGCAGGUGGAGAACUACGAGAACCAGAUCAAAUCGUACAAGGAACGCAGUCGAACGCUCGAAAACCGUCAGAAAGAGUUGCAAGCCGAGGCCAACCAGGCUGGUAUCACCGCUGCCAAGCUCAGUCAAAUGGAAGACGAGUACAAGAAACUGCAGACAAGCUACGAGGAGAGCAACGCAAAGAUGCGGCAUUUGCAAGAGGAAGAAAAGGAGCUCCGUGCCACGCUUAAGAGGACUACCGAGGACCUUGAGCAGUCAAAGAGGAAGAGCAACAUCACUGAGACCGAGAAGGUGUCGCUCCGCCAGCAACUCGCCGAGUUGCAGGAGCAGGUUGAGAUCAUGAAGCGAGCUGGCCCUAUCAGCGACCUCACCAAUGGUCAUGCUCCCAGCAUAGCCCCCAGUAGCCUGAUCAAGCUUGUCUCAUCGAAGAAACCCAAGAGGCGCAGUGCCGGGCCGGAUACUCGCGAGCUCAACCGCUUCAGCGAACAAUACAACCCACGACCAGUCUCAAUGGCUCCUGGCUCUACUAUCCACCGACAAAACCUCUCUGGCUCAACCUUUGCUCAGCUUGAUAAUGUCGAGCUGGAGCUUGAGAACAUCCUUGCCGAGGAGGAUAUGUUGAACGAUGAGGUCACCCUCGGUCUUAUCAAGAACCUGAAGAUACCUUCUCCUACUACCACACCUCCCCCUACGGACAAAGAAGUCCUCUUCCCUGCCUACCUUAUCAAUCUUGUUACAUCAGAGAUGUGGAAUAAUGGCUUUGUUAAGGAAUCUGAGCGUUUCCUUGCUAACGUCAUGCAAUCGAUUCAACAAGAGGUGAUGAAUCACGACACAGAAGACGCAAUCAACCCAGGCGCUUUCUGGCUCUCAAACGUCCACGAGAUGCUGUCGUUUGUGUUCCUUGCUGAGGACUGGUACGAGCAACAAAAGACCGACAAUUACGAGUACGACCGACUACUUGAGAUUGUCAAGCAUGAUCUUGAGAGUCUCGAGUUCAACAUCUAUCACACAUGGAUGAAGGUGCUCAAGAAGAAGCUACACAAGAUGAUUAUUCCUGCUAUCAUCGAAUCGCAGUCGUUACCAGGCUUUGUCACCAACGAAAGCAACCGCUUCCUUGGCAAGUUGCUCCAGGGCAGCAACACCCCCGCCUACAGCAUGGACAAUCUGCUCACGCUGCUCAACAGCGUAUACAAGGCUAUGAAGGCAUACUACCUUGAGGACUCGAUCAUCACACAGUGUGUCACCGAGUUGCUGAGGCUAGUCGGCGUCACCGCGUUCAAUGACCUGCUCAUGCGCCGUAACUUCCUUUCCUGGAAGCGAGGUCUCCAAAUCAACUACAACAUCACACGUAUCGAAGAGUGGUGCAAGUCUCACGAUAUGCCUGAAGGCACACUCCAGCUUGAGCACCUCAUGCAAGCCACCAAGCUGCUUCAGCUGAAGAAGGCUACAUUGAACGACAUUGAGAUUAUUCAGGACAUCUGCUGGAUGCUGAGUCCCAACCAGAUCCAGAAGUUGCUCAAUCAGUACCUCGUGGCUGAUUAUGAACAGCCGAUCAACGGCGAGAUCAUGAAGGCUGUUGCGUCGCGUGUAACAGAGAAGAGCGACGUGUUGUUGCUUACAGCCGUUGACAUGGAGGACAGUGGCCCGUACGAGAUUGCGGAACCCCGAGUCAUUACAGCAUUGGAGACAUACACGCCCUCAUGGCUACAAACACCUCGUCUCAAGCGCCUUGCAGAGAUCGUCUCUCAACAAGCCAUUGCGCAACAAGAGAAGCUCGAGUUUGACGACGAAGCACCCAACGGUCAGAGCAACGGUGAUGCCAUGAACGCACUGACUGGCGGCAUGAACGGCGGAGGCAUGAAUGGCCACGGAACGAUUGAGGAAGGUAUUGAAGCAUGAAGUUAGCAUAUAUUUGUGAGCGAAAUUUGGUAUUAGACAUGACCCGACACGAAGCACAAUAAGGCCCGCAAUGCUUUGUAGUUGUAGCUGUCUUUUGUCAGUCUAGGCUGGCUUCUGGGCGGCAAAACAUGCAGCAGAAAUUACGGGGGUCUUGGAGGAUGGCGUAUGAUGAUGAUGUUGGGUGUUUAAUGCUGGGGAAAUGCAAUUCUUUUUUCUUUCUCUCAA